GUGCGGCGCGCGUCGGGUUCCGCCCCCGUCCAGGAGCGUGAGCGCGCAGAGGCUCGCUGAAAGGAGAGCGGAGCAGCGAAACAUGGCGACUACCAACAAUCCGCGGAAAUUCAGCGAGAAAAUCGCUUUGCACAACCAGAAGCAGGCGGAGGAGACGGCUGCGUUCGAAGAAGUGAUGAAAGAAUUAAGCAUCACUCGAGCAGCCAGGCUGCAGUUGCAGAAGAGCCAGUACUUGCAGUUGGGCCAGAACCGCGGGCAGUACUAUGGAGGGUCUUUACCAAACGUCAACCAGAUUGGAAACAGUGCUGUGGACGUGGGCUUCCAGAUGCCGUUCCAGAACUCUGAUCUAGACACGAGCAGAAGCACGCGACACCACGGCCUGGUGGACCGCGUGUACCGGGACAGGAACCGCAACGCCCCGCCGCACGGGAAACCCCUGGCGCUCGAUAAACAUGGACGCCAAAUCGACAGCUGUCCGUACGGAGCUGUGUAUCUUUCCCCUCCACCCGACACCAGCUGGAGAAGGACCAACUCGGACUCGGCGCUGCACCAGAGCACGCUGGCGCCGGCGGGGCAGCAGGCCGUGUUCGUGGGCGGUUCCCAGGAGCUGCAGCCCAAACGAGUGCUCCUGCUCCCCGUCCCCGGGCCAGAGGAUAUGAAACAAGAGGCUGAUGAAGGAGGGGAAGAGAGCUGGGACUGCAAGAAGAACUCCAUCUCGAGAUCCAAGCAUUGCAAGGUGCCAGGGAUCAAUAUAUUCCCCUCCCCGGACCAGGAGCGCUCCAACUCCCUGAUCCCAGCAACCCACAACUCAGGGGGGUCGCUGCCCGACCUCAGCAACAUCCAGUUCCUCCCGCCGCUGCCCACGCCGCUAGACGGGGACGAUGGCGGGGCCAGCCCGCUCGCCACCUCCAACAGCAUGGGGAACCUGGCCGCCGCCUCGCAGACGGGUCUGAACUCCCAGCCGGUGGUUUCAAUGGUGACGCAGUCGGGCCAGGACGACAUGGCUCCCCUCAUCCUCAACACGAUAGACCCCAACAGCCUCCAGCUGUCCCCUAACCUGUCCCCUCCGCUAUCACUCACUCAGGCCGCCAUCAACGCUAUGGCUUUGGAGCAACAGCUCUCUGACUAUGCCUUCUUCAGCCAGCAGACCUCUCCCCAGUCCAACCAGAGCCCACCAGUAAGCACACACUGCUGGCAGACAGGCCUGAUUCAGCUCCCCUCCUCAUUGGUCCAGAACCAGAGCUCCGCCUCCACUACAGGAAGUCAGACGUCGACGCAGAGCAGCAUUACUAUGGACAUCAACACACAGUUCAUGCAAAACUGGGAGGAGGAUUACAAUGCCUCCUCUCUGCACCAGUACCGCAGCAGGCUGGGCUCCUCUGCCAAUCAGUCUCCUACCUCCCCCAGCUCCAACCAAGGCUUCUCGCCCAUUGGUUCGCCUCAACAUAACUCCAUACUGGGCAGUGUUUUUGCUGACCUCUACGAACAGCAGCUCACAUCCAGGCAGACCAGUGCUCUCUCACAACAGCUUGAGCAGUUCAACAUGAUGGAGAGCCCCAUAGGCUCCAACAGUCUGUACAGCCAGGCCUCCACCCUCAACUACACGCAGGCAGCCAUGAUGGGUCUGACCGCCGGACACUGCAACCAGCAAGACCUGCAGCAGCUGGGCUACAGUAGCCAUGGCAACAUCCCCAACAUCAUCCUCACAGUGAGCGGCGAGUCCCCCCCAGGCCUGCCCAAGGACCUGAUCUCCUCUCUGUCCACGGACAUCAGCUUCGACAUGGACUCCCCGUUCCCCCUAGACGAGUUGAAGAUCGACCCGCUGACGCUGGACGGACUGCACAUGCUCAAUGACCCGGACAUGAUCCUGACCGACCCCGCCACCGAGGACGCAUUUCGCCUCGACCGCCUCUAACACCCCCCCCCACACACACACACACACCAUCCCCCGAGCAUGUUUUUUUUUUAUUUUUCCAUUCCUUCUUCACGCCCGGACCAGACCCCCGACUGUUUUGGCUUGAGGAGGAGCCUGCAACAGCGCCUGGGGGAAGCAAGUGGGACGGGGGACCGCUGGGGACCGCUGGGGACCGCUUGGGACCGCUUGGGACCGCCGGGGACAGCUGGGGACCGCUGGGGACCUCUGGGGAGAGAUGGAGGAGGAGAGGAUAUCCACUCCACGUUGAGUCCCUUUCAGUCUUACCCAGAAGGUGAGCAGGCUUGGGGGGGACACAAGGGAACAACACAGAUUGUCUUUUUCUUUUAUUGGACAUGUUGACCAGAAUGGAGGUAAAAAAAAAGAUAUCGGGGAUAGCGGAUCUCGCAAUUAUAGAACAUGGAAUAUAUAGAUAUGUAUGUUAGUAUGUGUUUAAAAAAAGAAAAAAUACCCCCACGUGUUUAUUUUUUGAGAUUUUAAUGUAGACCUUUGCGUGCACGUUGAUUUUAAGGGAGUUUGCUUUAAAAAAAACAUAUUUAAUAAGGCAGCUUGGUGUUUCCCUUGCUGGCAUGCCCAGAGCGAGCUGCCGAUACUUUAGAUUACCUCUCACCUUCCCCUUUUUUAAAUAGCAUUGGAACACCUGCUAUUGUUGUGGUGUGCUCGUCUCUUUCAUUACCCACUGCAUCUCGUUCCGUGCCAAAUCAGUUUGUCCGUCGGUGUAUUUGUCCGUCCUAGUGUGUGUUUUCCUGUUAAAGUUUGAUUACGUUAUUAUCAUCCAUUCCGUGCCUAUGUGGUGUGGCCUGUCAGGUUGAAUUGGUUUUGUUUUAAACAAUUUCCUGAAAAGAAAUAUCUUGACUCUCAAAGGAGCUCCUCUGUGUGUUUAAAUGGAAAGAGACUUCAGACCUGGUUUCUUCAGUUAUGCAUGAGAUCACUGUGCUUGCCUGUCUCUGCCUUAUUAGAUGACUGAGUUUUCCCUUUCAAACACCGUUUAUGAAUAGGUCUGCACAAGACCAGAGACGAAAAUCUUCAUGCACUGUUUAGUUAACCUUUUUUUUGUCAGCGGUCGGAAGUCAUUGUCCUUUGGACUUUAAAUGAAAUUUAUUUUUCAUGAAUUUCCAAAGGAAGUAGAUAAUUUUAUCCUGCAUAAUCAUGCAUAUGCAAAAUAAUCAAAUUAUUUCGGAAUAUGAGGCAGAACAAAUGUAGACUUAACAAAUGCCUUCGAAUUAUAUAUGGGAUAUAUGAAGCAUAGGAGAUAAAACAACAGUUCCAAUAUAAUUUUCAAAUAGUUUGGCUUUACUUUAAUGGUGUAUCAUGUUUCAUUACAAAUACAGUUGGGCUGCCUACAUUUGUGGGGCAGCAUUGGUAAAAAAUAAUGCAUAAUCAAGUUCUGUUUUUCAUCUGAUUAUCAACCUGUUUGGUACUAUAGGAACAAAGAAACAUUCACAACAGGCCCAUUUUUUUUGAUUAUUUGAAGCCAUCUUCUCAGCCAGUUGUUCGUUGGUAUGUCUCGUCUUCAAACCUAAUAUCAUUGUCUUCGUUAUGGGAACAUAUAAACAUUUCAAUGCUUUCCCAUGCAUGACAUAUUUCUCCACUCUGUGAUUUGAAAGCCUUUUGGUUUCAUUGGGAUUUAUUUCUAGGCUCUUUGAUUUCAUCCAAUUCAUAAAUUUUUCCACAUCAUGUA